CUGGGGCCGCCAUCUUGUCAGCAGUUGGCGGAGGCAGCGCCCGACCCGGCAGCCCGCGCUCUGUGGUGGCGCGGCCGUUCGCUCGCCUCGUAGGCCGCGUGCCGCCGCCCCGCCGCGGGCCCCGCCGCUAUGGCGAACAACAGCCCCGCCGUCGGUGCCGGUAACUGCCAGGGGCAGCAGGCGGCCCAGCACCAGCCCGGUGCCGUGCCGCCGGCCCAGCAGCAGCUGCAAAGCGGAGCCCCCAAGCCGGCGGCCUCGGGCAAGCAGGGCAACGUGCUGCCGCUGUGGGGGAACGAGAAGACCAUGAACCUCAACCCUAUGAUCCUCACCAACAUUCUCUCGUCGCCCUACUUUAAGGUGCAGCUCUACGAGCUCAAAACGUAUCACGAAGUGGUGGACGAGAUCUACUUCAAGGUUACGCAUGUUGAACCAUGGGAAAAGGGGAGCAGAAAAACAGCAGGCCAGACAGGAAUGUGUGGAGGGGUACGUGGUGUUGGAACUGGAGGAAUUGUGUCUACUGCCUUUUGUCUGCUCUAUAAAUUAUUUACACUGAAGCUCACCCGUAAGCAAGUGAUGGGCCUUAUUACACAUACAGACUCUCCAUAUAUUAGAGCUCUUGGAUUUAUGUAUAUUAGGUACACACAACCACCUACAGAUCUAUGGGACUGGUUUGAAUCCUUUCUUGAUGAUGAAGAGGACUUGGACGUGAAGGCAGGCGGAGGCUGUGUUAUGACCAUUGGGGAGAUGCUUCGUUCCUUCCUCACUAAGCUUGAGUGGUUUUCCACGUUGUUUCCGAGAAUUCCUGUGCCAGUCCAGAAGACUAUUGACCAGCAAAUUAAAAGCAGACCCAGAAAAAUUAAGAAAGAUGGCAAGGAGGGAAUGGAAGAAAUAGACCGGCAUCCAGAACGUAGACGUUCAAGGUCUCCAAGACGAUCCAUCAGUCCCAGGAGGUCUCCCAGAAGAUCCAGAAGCAGAAGUCAUCAUCGGGAAGCUCACGGAUCAUCUAGUUUUGAUAGAGAACUAGAAAGAGAAAGAGAACGUCAGAGAUUGGAACGUGAAGCUAAAGAGAGAGAAAAAGAAAGGCGCAGGUCUAGAAGUACUGAUCGUGCACUGGAAAGGAGACGAAGCAGAAGCAGGGAACGAUACAGAAGCCGUAGUCGAAGUCGUGACAGGAAAGGAGACAGAAGAGAUAGGGAUAGGGAGCGAGAGAAAGAAAAUGAACGCAGCCGAAAGAAAGAGAGAGAUUAUGAUAAGGACAGAGGUAGCGAGAGAGAAAAAGAUAGUGAUCGAUCUAGAGAAAGGUCAAAAGAAAGGAAAAGUAAGGGUGAUAAUGAAGAGAGAAGACACAAGGAUGACAAAGAUGACAAGAAACACCGGGAUGAUAAGAGGGAUUCCAAAAAAGAGAGAAAACAUAGCAGAAGUCGAAGCCGGGAAAGAAAGCAUAGGAGUAGAAGCCGAAGUAAGAAUACAGGUAAGCGCAGUAGAAGCAGGAGCAAAGAGAAAUCAAGUAAGCAUAAAAGUGAAAGUAAAGAGAAAUCAAAUAAACGAAGUAGAAGCAGAAGCAGAGGAAGAACAGAUAGUGUUGAGAAAUCAAGAAAACGAGACCACAGUCCCAGUAAAGAAAGAUCUAGAAAGCGUAGCAGAAGCAAAGAACGUUCCCACAAACAUGAUCACAGUGAUAGCAAGGACCAUUCGGACAAACAUGAUCGUCGAAGGAGCCAAAGUACAGAGCGAGAGAGCCAAGAAAAGCAACAGAAAAACAAAGAUGAGACUGUGUGAACUCUUAAGAAGUGGAUCACAUUGAAUCCUAUAAAUGUUUGAUUAAAUCCUGCUUAUUUUUUCUUAAAGUUGAGAUUGUGCAGUAGUUGAUGAGCAUUCUUCUCCAACCUCCCUCUAGGCUGCAGAUUGUCAUUUCCUAUUCUGGGUAGGGAAGUGCCUUUGUAAACCCAUUCAAUACAUUGACGGUUUCAAACCCAUUUGUUUAGUUUAAUUUGUAAUCCAGAGAUUGUUGCAUUUUUAUUGUUCAGAUGUUUCUGAAAUGUACAGUCUGUACAUACGUCCUGAAAAUGUUUUAAUUCCUUUGGCAUGGUUGCCAUGUUGGUUAAAUUUGUAUGAGGCAAUAAACUGCCGCUAAUUCUACUUUGA